AUGUCAACAACAUCAAUAAAAACUUAUUCAACAAUAAAUGUAAAAGAAAAUGUGAAAAUCAAUACAAAAAUCUAUGAAUUUACUGAACUAAAUAAUAAAAAUGAAAUGAAAUUAAUUCUUUUGAAUUUAAGUGGAUUUGAAAGAAAUUAUUUUGAAAUCAAAAAUGAAAAUCUUUAUACAAUUAAUGAAAUUGAUCGUGAAGAUUUUUUAAAUUCAAAGAAAUGUUUUGAUCGUUCAUAUUGUUUGAUUGAACUUCAUAUUCUUGUUAAUGAUGGACAACAAUAUUGGGUUAUACCAAUCCAUAUUGUCGAUGAAAAUGAUAAUAAACCACAAUUUCGGAAUUCCUUAAUAAAAUUAAAAUAUCAUGAAAAUAUUCCAAAUGGAUAUGAAAUACCUUUUGAAGGUGCAUUAGAUAUUGAUGAAGGUUUAAAUGGACAAAUUCGUUAUAUUCUUGAUUGUUCAUCACCAUUACUAUCAAAAUCAUUAAAAGAAUUACAAAACUUAAAUAAAACCUCAAUAAAUUGUUUUCCAUUAUUUGAAUUAAAAAUUCUUUCACAAUCAAGAUUAUUAAAUCAAUACGAUCAAUUAGCAUUAAAAUAUAUUCCAUCAAAAAAAAAUUUAUUACAAAAUGAAUAUAUAGAAAAUAAAACAACCUAUGAUUUAAUAUUAUAUGCAAUCGAUAGUGCUGAAGAUAAUGAUAAACAAUUAGAAAAUUCUUUAAAAAUUCAAGUUGAAAUUGAAGUCGAAAAAUUUGUUUUCAAACCAAAAUUUUCUCUAUUAAAUUAUAAAUUUAUUGUAAAAAUAAAUUCAUAUUUAAAAAAAGGUACAAUUCUAGGUAAAGUCUAUGCAAAAUCCAGUAAUCAAAAUCAAUUAAUUCUAUAUAAAAUUCAAAAUAAAACAAAUGAUAUCGAAAUCAAUUCGUUAACAGGAGAAUUAAUUUUAUUAAAUGAAAAUAUUUUAUCAAGUACUACAAAUAAAAUUGAUUUGGUUGUUGAAAGUUAUUAUUAUUUAAAUGAAUAUUCAACAUUAAAAUCAUUAGCAAAUGUUGAAAUUUAUUUUCGUUUAAUAAAUCAAAUUAGUCAAAUAAAUAUAAUUUAUUUAAAUCAAUCAAAAUUUAUUCUACAAUCAAAUGAAAAUCCCAAUAGAUUCUCUUUAAAUCUCCAAACAAAUUUUACAAAUGAAAUUUUAUUUCAACUAUCAAUUUUACCAUCAUUUUAUUUAUUUGAUAAAUAUAUUUUUUAUCUUGAUAAUUAUCAAAAUAUAUUUUCAUUAGAAAAUUCAACAUUAAAAAUCUAUUCGAAUUCUUUGAUUUUUAAUGAAAAAUAUUUUAAUUUAACAAUUAGAAUUCAACAUGAAUUAACACAAGUAUGGUUACCUAAUUUAAUUAUUCAAUUCAUAUCAAAACAAACCAAUGAAAACCUUUGUAAAGAAAAUUUAAUUUAUAAUUUAUAUAAUUUAAAUCAAACAAAUUUUAUUGAACAAAUAAAAGUUUUAGAAACAAAUGAAAAUAAUAUUUCAUUAUUUACAAAAUAUGAUUUUUCAUCGAUAAAUCCGAAUGAAAUUUUUAUUAAUCAAUGUCGAAUGUUAUUUCUGAAUAAUAAUAUUCAAAAAUAUUCUCAUUAUAAACUAUGUUCAUUAAAUGAUAUAUGUUAUAAUAUAACAAUGAUUCGGAAUAAUCAAACAAAUAUGUUUUUAAAUAAAAAUUUCAGAUUAUUUUUUAAACCAAUACAAAUAAUAAUUAUUUCAUUUUUAAUUAUUUUUAUUCUUAGUACAAUAACAUUAUUUAUUAUUAUUUGUCGAUUACAACAAUUUCAUUUAUGUUUAAAAAUUAAAAAUUAUUUAAUUUAUGGAAAAAAAUAUCAAUUAAAUAAUACAGAACAUCUUUCAUCAUUGAAAAUAAAUCAAAGAACUCAUUCAAUUGUUGUUCGAGAAUCUCAAUCACCUUCGAUUGAAUCAAUGAAACAUAAAUCAUAUGUAUAUAGUAUUGAUGAAUUAAUUAAAGAAGAACCGAAACCAUCAACGAAUAUUUCUGUUGAUGUACCAAUAUCAUUAUUAUGUACAUCAUCAGUUGGAGGUGAAAGAGUAGAAGAAAGAAUGAUAUCAAGUAUUGAUAAUGGAACAAUAGGUCGAAUAUUAUCAUCAUCAUCAUAUAUACAAGAAACGAAACAAUUAUUAGAUAUGACAUCAUCAUCAUCAUAUCAAGAUUUGAAUGUGUCUAGAUUAGCUUCUGAAGUCUGA